CUCUUAAAUUAAAUGUUCACAGAUACUUCAUCUAUUUUCAUUUAUUUUAACGGAUACACACAAAAGGUGACAAACAAGAGGACAAAUAUGUACAAAGACAGAAGGAUAUAGGAUAAAAAUGGUCACCUGGAAACAUGAGGAAAAGCUGUUUAUUUAUUUCCUGAGUGGAAUGAAGUUUGAUUGUAAAAUGCAGAAAUUAAAACUAAAGUAAGUAAAUAAAUACAUGAAUAAGAAGCAGGAACAGUUAAAUCACAGCUUACGAUCACCGGUACUGUAACCGUGUGCACACACAGCCUCAGAACAGGCUUUUGUUUCAUGUCUGUGGGGUUGUGAAUGAAGCGGUGCGUCGGAUCAGAUGACCUGUGCUGUCACUGCUCACCUGGGGAAUGCAGAUGGUAUCAGCAGGCAGCAGCGCCCAUUCUACACAUUCCUACUGUCGCAGUGACGAAACAGCGUUUUCUGUUUCAGCCUCUUCUUACAGCUCUGCUUUUCCCACACACACACACACAUGUACAACAAUCCACUGAGGAAUGUUAGCUUAUUACUGGUAUGUUAAGGCAACCGGGUCGUGGUUGUGUUUCCAUCUCAACUUGUGAGACUGUGCAGCUCAUUGUGUGUUUUUUCCUGUCAUCUGUAAAUGCAUAAAGUUCCCAGGUUGAGCGUGUCGUGACCUGUCCCUACUCUGUUUUGGAUUUCUUACAGGUGCGGGGACAAAUCAGGCAUUUUCAAAUAGCGUUGCGGCUGAGUCACCUUUUUCUUUCCCAGCGCUUGGUGACAGGAAAGAGCGGGUACGAACAUGCAGCCGUGAUGCGGAGAGGCGUGGUGAAGGCAGCAGAGGCGGAUCACAGGGGAUGUUUUGAAUGCUGCAUCACCAGCUCACCUCAGCUAAUGACUGCGUGGGUUGUCCGAGCCGGUGUCUUGUGCCUUCUUUCCCGUACAGCAGCAGAGGUGUGAGGGGACCUGUGAGGACAUGAAUCUGUACAGGAGCUUUGGGAACCUCAUGGAGGCUUGGUUAACUGAAGGAAACCCACCGUGUCCUGACUCGGAGUGGCUUGGACAUAAUGCCGAAGACUGCCUCACACCUCAGCCUGAAAACCUGCGCUCAGAAUCGGUGGACUCGGGAGUGGAGACGGCCAGCUGCGACAUGUCUUCUCCUGCUGCAUCAGCGGACAACGCGGACAUGGAUUUGUUUACGCCUCGACUCACCCCGGCAUCCACAUCCCAGUCCCCCGUCCUCCUCUCUCCCGUGCCGUCCUCUUCCUCCUCUUCGUCUCCUCACCUGGGUCUCGGCAGAGCCGAGAAAAGUCCCGCCGCCGCCGUCUUGCACUCGAAAUUGGAGCAAGCGCUGCAGAGGACUGACUCCAAGCAGCUGAAAGACAACCAGAAAGCCCCGACAGUGGAGGAGGUGCUCGGUCGACGGCCUCGGGCGUCUUUCCUGCCCAAACGGCACACAUCGGAGUUGGUGAGAGGUCAGAGGUCAGGGAGCUUCGGCCCGAGGCGGACGGUCAACACAUCUGUUCCCGUCAGGCAGAUGUCCGACGUGUGCAGGCGGCCGCUGUCUGCUCUGAGUUACGACAAGCCGAGAUCAGAGGGCCUCGGUGGGCAGGACGGGACAGAACUGAGUCCUGGACUCAACUACCUGGAGCAGGUUUGCCAAAUGCUGGAAGAAAUCGCCAGACAACAGAUGCACAGCCGAGCGUUGCAGACAGAGAUGGAUGCCCUGUGCGAGGAUCAGGACACGCAAGCUGCCGACGCCUGUCAGAGCGACUCUACGGCUGCUGAGGAGGACCUCGCUUCAUGUCAGAGGCUUGAACACACUGAAAACAGAGAGCAGAGUUCCAGCGAACCACAGCGGCGGAGAGCUUUUCCCUACGGACAUUUUCGCCAGAGAUCGGCCUCUGACACGACUCUGGCAGCGUUGCAUCUGAGGAGGCUGAGAGAGGACUGCAGGGGGCAGCAUCUGAGUUCUGAUGACCUGCUGGAGGAGGAAGAGGAGAAUUAUGAAACCCAGGACUCUACGAAGAAGGAGACGAGCAAAAGCCACAAGACCUGGAGGUUAAAAUUUGGGUCUUUGAGAGGAGAGGAGUCUGCUGACACAAAGGGCCAACAGAUGCAGUCAUCUGAGAAAAACUCGGCCCGACGACGCCUCAGCCAGCUGUUCAGGAGGAGGAGGAAAACUGUGCCCGUGUGAAACGGACCGCCGUUUCAACAUUUUGGUUUCGGUGAGCACCGAAGCUUGCUUUCAAAAUGACUUCCUAUUGAGGCCGUGAUGCAGCAGUUUGCUCUGCUUAUUUAUUACAACAUGUAUACUUGAUUUUUUUAAGGAUUCGUACCGACAAGUGGAGUCAUUUUCUAUAAAAUUGUGACCUGGAACGAAAUGCAGAGCUGGUUUCGUUGUCAUAAUGUACAGUUUAUAUCAAUUCAAGUUGGGCUUUUUGUGUCAGAUUUGCAGAUUUGUAAAUAAGAAAUGUAAAAUAAUAGAAUGUAAAUAUAAGUACUUUU